AUGGGCUGAAGAACUUCCUCAGUGCAUUUCCUGAUACGAUGGCUGCGACGCUGGUGUUAGUGCGAGAAGUGUUCGGUGGAGUAGAGAAUUAUUGCAAGAAGUACAUGGGCUUAAAAAGUACGGAUAUAGAGAUAAUUCGCCAGAAUUUGCUUCCGCCCCUGCCGCUGCCCCCGCCCUUUGUCCAUAUUGAUGGCGUGGACAAUGCUCGUGGGGUAGGUGUCUUAUCCCAGUUCUCCUCUAUCAGGAUCAAACCAGACAUUAUCCACCGAAGCGCUGAUCCGAUAAGAAUAACAAGUGUUGGGGAAAAAGAGCUUUUCGGGCGGAAAAUUAGGACCAUCACGGACAUGCGCUUAAACCGCGAGCCUGACCUUAAACUCGAUAUCGAGGGUAUAGAGUGGUUGUUCGUCCAAGAUGCAAGCUCGUCUGUAGAACGAACUUAUUUGGAGGUUGCUGCGGAGCUUGAAGAGUACGAAAAGAGCCCGUUGACAGCCUUCAUCAAAGCCUACGACGAGAUACUGCAAACAAACGGAUAUGCCUUCAAGAAUUUUUUCACCCAUCUGAGGGACAAGCCCAACCAGCCAGUUUUAGUCCAUUGUUCUGCUGGGAAGGACAGGACUGGGAUAGCGGUGGCUCUACUUCUAAUGGUCCUGGGUGUCCAUGAUUGUAGCAUCGUUAAGGAUUACACUCUGUCGCGCGUUGGCCUAGCGUCUGCCAUGCCGAGGUUGAUGACAGAGUUCAAAGCUCGUAACCAGGCGUAUAAGGACAAUCCUGUAGGGCUGAAGAACUUCCUCAGUGCAUUCCCUGAGACGAUGUCUGCAACACUGGCGUUGGUACGAGAAAAGUAUGAUGGAGUAGAGAGUUAUUGCAAGAAGUACAUGCAGUUGGAAUCCGAGGAUUUAGGCAAAAUCCGGCAGAACUUGCUUCUUGGAGUCCAUCACCCUGCAAAAUCGGGCUAUGGUCACCAUGCUAUGUAAGUGCUAUUGUAACAGUUUGUAGUGC